AGCGUAGCACGAUGGCAGCGCCGCCGCCGAGGAAUGCCGUAAGCUUUAUUCUAGUGUGCCAAGAGAAAAGUGGAAGUCGAAAAACGAUAGCGUUGGAUUAUUUUCGCUAAAAUCGUCUGUAUAAAUCGAACAUUGACUCGAUGUUUAUCGGUUAUUAAACUACUGUUGAUCCGCAUCAGUAGACGUGAACAAAAGCAUCAUUUAAUGCACAUAGAAUCGAAUGAUUCAACGCAAACGCACGUGCCUCAGUGGAGAAAAGUGCCGCAGUAGUAAAUUGAAAGUGUUUCAAAGUUUGCGCGACGUCAGCGUACAACAAUUGAAUGCCAAUAGCGAGUAUAGCCGACCGUUACAAUGUCACAUCCGCACGGUUUAAGAUAUUCGCAGUAUUCAUCCUCUGGGGCAGGUCCUCAGACGAGCAAAGCGGCCCCGCCUCCAGCGCCGACAGGAGGCACUAGCAAUGGAAGACCCGGGAGCACAACGCUUGCCGGUCAACCACAGAUCCCGCCGCCACCGGCGGUACGUCCUCCGAUAAUGGUGACAUCUUCGGGAUGUUCUAUGAUGCCGGCACCUCCCAUUCCCCAGCCACAAUCCCAAUCCAGUACGCAACAACAAGCUCAACAGCAGCAAAGUCCUACCACGCAAACAGGGACUUCGGCGAAUCAGAAAUACGCAGCCAUCAGCGGUAGCCUGUCUGGGUCAGAUACGGAUGUGUCAACAUCCACUGAAAACUUGACUCGUGAGGAACGUUAUGUUCUGCGUCACGCCCGGGUUGAACCGCAAGGUGAAGAGAAUAUGCAAGGUAACACGACUCCGGUAAACGAAAUCCAAAGUCGCUACAUUCCCGACAAAUUUGCAUCGAAUACGUCGUCGGAUUCUACACGGUACGCGACACCAACCAGCAGCCGCAGCAUCUCCGAAUCUCGAAACGCUGUUCACGCAUAUGCUAAUAGUGCCAACGAAGGAUCUAAUCGCAAUUCUCUCAACGGAACUAACUCCAAUCGCAACUCUCUCAAGGAGCCCAAUUCAAACCGUUCUUCAAUGGACGUCUCCCAGUCGUCCUACAAUACACUGAUAAUUCACGACGAAGGUCUGUACUCGAUUCACGACGAAGGAAUAUAUUCGAUGAAUCGAGAAUACUCUAGCCCACCACCGUACGGGAAGAAGGAACGGCCACGGUCCUACGGUGAAGCUCAACCUCCGAUGCAGGAAAUUGCUGAGAUCCCCGAGGAGUAUCUCAGCCAGAGUCAUGUGCUGAAGCAUCUCGCGAAGGAGGUUAAACUGCCGUCAAGAAAUCGAAGCGAUUCCAAUACUCGCGACUCGGGCGUUUCGGAGAAUACGGACUCCCGGGAUCACCCGCCGAAAUACGGUGGUCAGCACUGGACAACCGGACAAAGUGCGUCGACGGACGAGUCAUCGAACCCGGCUAACCCUAAGCUGAAGAGUAAGAGUCAGCCUGACUUGACCCGACUGGAUGAUAUCGAGCCAGAGGAGGUGGAGGCGCUGUUUAAGGAAAAUCGAUUGCUAAAACAGCAGCUUAACAGUUGCUUCCUGAAGGUUGCCAAGAGUCAAAAGAUGGAACAGGAAAUAGCGAACAUAUACCGGGUGCAUGAAGAGCUUGUUCAGUCGUGCGAGCGGCGUGAGCGGCUGGAAGAGGCAGCUAGGAAUCGGCUCCAGCAAGACUGUCGGCGAUUACAGGAGCUCAACCGGGCGUACCGGGAUCAGGUGGAAGGCCUGCAGAACCAACUGCUUUCCUCGUCGGAUCAUCAGCUGGGCCGAACGCAGCAAGAUGUACUCAUUUCGCAGCUGGUGACGCAAAACAAAUCACUAGUGGAUGCUAAUCGACGUCAGUGCAUCGAGCUGCAAGCCCAGAAUGCUACACUAGAGGAGCAGCGAAUCCACAUUAAUGUGUUGGAUACAGCACUGAAGCGGUUGGAGGAGGAGUGCCGCCAGAAGCAGGUGUAUGUGGAACGCUGCGCCCAACUGCAGCAUGCUCUUCAGUCGUUGCAGAAUGCCAGUGAAAGGCGCGAGCAAGUUGAGCGAAAACUACGGAUGGAUUACGAGAGUGAUUUGCCGAACCGAAGCGGCAGUAGUACGACUAGUGAAACCGAAAACCUCAAGUGGCAGCUGCGUGAGAAAGACGCACAGAUAAUGAGAUUGGAAGCCGAGUGUGCCAAACUGGAGCAGCGCAACUUGGAGGAAUCAAACGUACGCAACGUUGCCAAGCUAGCAAUGGAGCGUAACUCGCAAGAAACCGAACGUAUCAUCGCAGAAGCGAAACAGGAGAAGAUAAGGUACCUGGACGAGGCGCAUGCCGCAAACCGUAAGGUAACCGAACUUCAGACUCGUCUCAAACUGGUCGAGAAUAGAUUGGCCGAAAAAGAGGCCAUGAUUCGUGCCUAUCAGGGACAAAAAAUCUACGGCUCAACAAACUCCUACGGAUCGUACAACCUAUCUAGCGAUAGCUUCGCACUGAAUCCACUGGGAGCGUACAACUCUCAGGUUUCCUACGACGUAUCGAACAACUCGUUUGAUGUGACCACUGCAGCUUCUCUGCUCGACCCAACCUAUGGCCAAAAUCCGUCUUCCAGCUUCGCCUCGAACUAUGGACAGACGAAUCCGAGCUUCAACCAAAGCUCGAUCAAUCUGCAGACGGCGGGCAGCAACAGCUACAGUUCGCCUAGCAGUAGUUCCAACUACAGCACCAACUACGGAUCGAGCGAACAUACAACCAUCUACGAUGCGAAAAACUUCGACGCCCAGCGCAAAUCCAUUGACGAUCAGCUAAAGCAACUGGACGAACAGCUGCUCAGCAAGCGAGGUUUGUGCUGUUUUCCAAGUCUAACCACGAAGAAACCGAUUCAACCACUUCUCUCGGACGAAGUAUCCGUACUGUCGACGAACAACAGCGAUAGCUUCCUGCAGAAUCUUGCUCACAUCGAUCAGCGUGAUCGGGAGAGACAAGAACGUCGCGAGCAGGAUGGCGUUAGCGGUGGCAGUGGUGGGGGUGGUUCUGGAAUUAUAGGUACUAGCGGAAAUAGUGGAUCGAGUGGCUCCAAUGGUGGUGCGACUAAGCCGGAAGAUAUGAUGCUGCUAGAGAAGCAGGGACGCUGUUCGCAGAAAAUUCGCAGCAAUCAGCUGAGCAAUCUGGCUCAUGUUACUCAGACCGUGGGGCAGAACAUGACGGACAUCAGCAAUAUUGGCGGAAAUAAGGUUCCCAAAAUACUUUCCAAUAUUGCACAACAAGCGGGCGGAAUCCUGCCCCCGCGUAAAGAUCGAGGAUCUUCGUUACCGCCGAGCGCACUUCCGCGUCCACCCAGGAGUUUGAAGCCUCCCCGAAAAAUCGAAUACGGUCGGCUCAGUGACUCCGAGGGUAAAAAGCGAGCGGAAACCCCACCCAAGUCGGACGCUCAGAAGGAUUACGAGCUGAAAACAUCUAGCUUGAAGCGAGCAAACGCCGCUGCUUACAGCAAGCGGGAAUUUUCCCCCGGAAAAAGUUAUCUAGAGAUGAAGGACACUUUCCAGCUAGCUAAAGACUAUGGAACGUUAAAAUCCAAAAACUAUGGAUCAUUGGGAAAUACUUCGAUAGUGCCGUUAAAAAAUGACAGCAAGUUUGGUUUUGGUUCCAAAUGCAACAGCAGCACAGCCAAUAGCUGUGAGUUUUCAAAACCAGAUUACACUUCGACGAAAAACUACCAAAGGCUGGAGGAGCAAAGUCCCCGCAAGAGUUCUCUCGAUACUGCGACAAUGAAGCGGUCUCUACUGCCGAAUGUUCGAAAGCUAAGUUCUGCCACUGUCAAAGGCUCACGUGAAUCUCUCAAUUCCGCCUCCAGUGGAUCGAACAAUUCCAACAAUUCCAACCCCCUUUCCCGUUCGAGUCCGAUUCAUUCUAUGCCCACCAACUCGGGAGUCAAUCUGCCAACAUCGCUAGUAUAUCAUCACCACAAUCAUCUUCACCACGGACGUACCCCGCCUCGUUUCAUCCACCAUCAACAAUCGACGUCAGCCGAAUCUACCAAAUCUCCCUUGAAUCCACCCUCCCCUCAAUCGCCCACCGUCAAUCAUCAGCAGUCUCCGUUUUGCAACAAACUUUCGCCAAGUACAGCUUCAAAGAUUCAGCAAAUAAACGCCCAACAGCAGCAGCAGCAGCAACAUAAGACUACAACCCUGCCCAGUGCUAGUAUCCUGCACGCGGCCGUCACUGCAUCGGCCACCUCAGCCAUUGGCCAGCAAACCACAGCCUCGCUGCCACCGAAGCCGAUGAUGGAUGGAAAACUUUCCGGCAGCGGAAACAGCUUCGGGAGCAGCUCUCAGGGUCAACGGAGAGGCAGCAGCAUGGCACGCGGCGAGAACAAGUACCGAAUUCAGUUUUAGCUCAGUCAGUUCGACAGGCUGCAAGUAUUCGUUUUUUUCUGUAUUAAAUUUCGAACACGUAUAUCUGCUGUAGUAUUUCACUUUUGGACGACAAAAUUUGUAUACAUUGGAACAUUGCGCGGAAGAGCGGAAAUUUUUUCCUAUUUAUUUUUGUUUUUCGAAGUAAAAAAGUUGUUGAAAAGUCCACUCGAUGGAAAAAUAUUACCCGCGGAGAAAUAUAAUAAUCAUUUGUAGCGUGA